UAAACAUCAACAGCUCAUAAAGAAUAACAUGGAAGCUCGUAGUUUCAUUGUUCUUUCAGUCUUUCUUCUUCCUUUGCUCUUUGGAACAGUUUCUGCUCAGCUUAGGACAGACUUCUAUAGGGGCACAUGUCCAAAUGUUGAGUCCUUAGUCAGCUCAGCUGUCUCGAAAAAAUUUCAGCAGACUUUUGUGACUGUUCCAGCCACUCUUCGACUCUUCUUCCACGAUUGCUUUGUUCGGGGUUGUGAUGCUUCAGUGAUGAUUCAGUCCCCAAGUAAUAAUGGUGAGAAGGAUCACCCGGAUAACCUUUCCCUCGCCGGAGAUGGAUUUGACACCGUGAUCAAAGCCAAGGCUGCAGUUGAUAAUGAUCCUAACUGUAGAAACAAAGUUUCUUGUGCAGAUAUACUUGCCCUGGCAACUAGAGAUGUUGUGAGAUUGUCCGGGGGGCCAUCGUAUUCAGUUGAAUUGGGUAGACGCGAUGGAAGAGUGUCGACUAUUGCAAGUGUUCAAAGGCGUCUUCCUCAUCCUACUUUCAAUCUAGACCAGCUUAACACCAUGUUUAGCACUCAUGGUCUCUCCCAGACUGACAUGAUUGCACUAUCAGGCGCGCACACACUUGGAUUCUCACAUUGCAACCGCUUCUCCAAACGAAUCUACAACUUUAGCCCUGCAAAUCGUAUCGACCCAACACUUGACUCAGGGUAUGCAUUGCAGCUUAGACAGAUGUGCCCCGUUAACGUGGAUCCCAGAAUUGCCAUUAACAUGGACCCAACCACACCUCAGAAAUUUGACAAUGCUUACUUCCAGAACCUUCAGCAAGGAAAGGGUCUAUUCACCUCUGACCAGAUACUGUUUACGGAUUCAAGAUCAAGGCCUACUGUCAACACAUUUGCAUCAAGCAAUGCUGCUUUUAACCAGGCUUUUGUGCAGGCCAUGACCAAGUUAGGCAGAGUUGGGGUUCUAACUGGAAGUCGAGGGGAGAUUCGGCGUGACUGCACCCGUCCAAACUAGAAGUAAAGGAGCUUCGAAAUAGCUUCGGAUGGAGUGAACAUGUUUUUUUUAUGCAUAAUGAUUUGAAUUUUUGGGAUAUAUACAUAUAUCUUGAGAGUUGAUUCAUUUGUAAGUGAGGCCAUGGAUAAUGUUUCAGUUUCAUGUUUUCGUGGCUUUAGAAAAUAAGUAGCUCUUAGUUUACAGCAAGAAGCUCACUUGUUUACCAAAUAAUGCACUUCUAGCAAUGGAAUAAAUUCAGCAAGCUAAUGCUGGUAUGGGGAAGCAUAAGAAA